ACUCGCUAUAGAAAAUGUGUAUAGUCUCUUAAAAUUUGGUUAUAUUAAUGUACAUGGCAUUAAUCGAAAAGAAGAGCCCAUAGCUUUCUACAUGUUGAAUAAGAAUAAUACUGCAAGGAAAGGAAGAUUAAUUCUCGGCCCAAGCAACGCCAAGGGAUCAUAUGACAUCAACUAUAUUUAUAUUACAUAAGAACUUCAAGUCAAGCUAAAUAUAAACCAUAGCACGUAGACGUAGUUAUGGUACACAGUAUCAUCCAUCAGUUCAUAUUAUACAUGACUACAUAACGACAAAACUAUUCAAUAAUGUACAAAAGUACAAAAUGCUGAAUAAAUGUGUGGGUCGUGAGGAUAUGACGUUUGUUUGGCGGGAAAACAUGCAUAAAUUACAUUAAUCGCUUUGUGUUCAACAGUCCGAAUCAGCUCCUGCUCAGACUUGUUUCAGACGUGGAGGAAGACGGUUCAAGGUUGUCUACACAGUGAUAUAUUGUAGGCUUCACUUUUAGAUGGUUGUAGUUACGCAAUGGAUAGAAAGCGAAAAAGUGACUCUGAUAGACCAGACGUUCGACCAUCAGAUAAAGUGAGAAAAUGUUUGUUUGGUACGGCAGACGAACACGAGAAGGACGAAGAAUACACAAGAGUUGAACAAGAGAAUUUGUCAAGUCUCGAGAAGAUGAAAGGGAAAUAUGGUUACGAUUUUGUUGAAGACAAACAUUUACACCUUGAAAAUACACCGUAUACGGUUGUUAAAAUUAUUGAAGCCCCUUGUGAGAAAGAUUUGAACGGAGAGGUAUCUUCAACAUCUGUUGAGAACGUCGAGAAACAUGCUGACUCCACAAUAGUCACACCAAACAAGCAGUGUCUCGAGGAUGAUGAUUCGGAUUCAAAAUCUUCCUCCAGCAACUCAGUAAACGACACCUUAAACGAAAGAACUCAAAAUGGGGAAAGGAAGUGUAUAUGCGAAAUUGAUAAAGCUUUCGUUGAGUCGAAUGGACAGUCUUAGACAUUCAACAAUUGAUGUGGUAUUGUAAAUAAUUAUUUAUGAUUUGAUAUUCUGUUCCCAGCAGUCUGAAUGGCGUUUAGUCAGCCUAAUGGAGCUGGACACUUUAAUUUGAAGUCGGAGAUGUGCUAUAUGGUAUGGCAAUGUAGACUGUAGAGUGUAAUGACUAAUGUGCAGGAAUGUUGGUCGGUGAAUAUUUGAAUUGGAACAUAAACAAUCGAAAUAUAAACACUCAUGAUCAUGCAGUUCAUAAACUAUCACUAUCAAUUCUUUACAGUGUAUCUGACUAUCUGUAGCUACUUUAUAAGAUGUCACAAAAUGAUAAGUAUAGACUAUAGUGGGUUUGGGCUUGCUGCAUGGUAUUUCUUGCCUGAAUUUGCACAACAAAAACAUCAUAAGGUAUAAUCGGGUAAAGUCGAAUGCUUAUAGUUCCAUUCUAAUUAGACUUUAUUAUUAAAUAAUAUUAUCAUCUCUUGCAUAAGUUUAUUCUUGAUAUACAUUGCCUUCUCGGCGGACUCGGCCAUACCAGAAACCGAGCCAUAACUGGUAUUUAAGUUGCAGUCAUGGAUUUCUUCAGAAAUAUUCCGAUAGAUAUGGCAGUUAAUAGAUUGUACGUCGUCUGGGCUAUAUAAGCCGCUGCUGUAGUCCAUGUCGUGACAUUGUAUAUAUAGUAACAAUUAAUGUUCGACAAUUGACUUUAAGACUCAAAGUCGUUGUAAAUAGAAUUUUCAGGGUUAAAACACCUGGCAGUAUAUAUACACUCAAUUCAGUAAUGAAAAUAAUUAAAAUAUCUGAUUAAAUCUAUAACAACAGAAUGAUUCAAUUUGGUUUCGUUUUAUAUACCGGUAGUUGUUAUAUUGUAAUCAACGUCGGUGUUGUUUAAGUUUUAAUAUAUACUUGUUUGCAAGCACGUGCAUGGAAAUAAUAGCAUGUGCGUACGUAAGCCAAAAUUUACGACAAUUUCGUUUUCACUUUCCCCCCACACGAAACACCAUAUUCUGUAUGAUUAUAUCAUGCAUGCACAGACGCCAAAGCGUGCCGAAGUUCAAAACUCUAUACAAAUAUUCCAAUCAAGUAAAACAAUACAGUUUGAUUUUCAUCUGCGAAAUAAUAAACUUCACGCUGCGAAUAACUCUAAACCAAG